CAAAGCGCCGUGCGUGGUCCCGUUCCUUAUCACGCUUCCCCUCAUAAUCUGUGUUAUUAUCCAUGCAGGUAUUAUCUAACACCCGAUAACGGAGUUCAAGGUUGGUCGCGCUGAAAACGUAUCAGAUCCUCUCAUCGUGCUCGUCCCAGGCUGUCCUGCCCUUUGCUUUUAUCAAUACACGGGCGAUCGCUGCGCCGCCUAUCGGCCGCCAGUGUUCCCGGAGUCUCCACUGCGCACGCUCCAUGCUCCCCGACUUUCCUGCCGCCGCAUAUAUUGUCUGUAACUCUUUCACCCUCCAAUCAAUUCCCAUCAAAAUAAUCCAGAUUUUUUCGUUAUAUUCGCGAUAAACAACCCGUAUACGCGAUUUUACAAAACGGAAUGACUUUAACUUAACCUGAACCGAUUCAUAUCGCCGACCUGAGCGAUCCCGCGGGCUUUUUUUUCCUUUAUGUUUAUUAUUGUACUCCUGCAAAAAUUAUUUUCAUCCCAAAAGUGUCGUUUACACUGGAGCUUUGAUACGGUCUAAACCACCUUAAACGGCGAGGUGAAUCGAAUAAUUUACAGCGCAAUCUAAACGUAGAGCUCGUAUAAAUAAGAUAUGUUAAAUUAAAAAGAAAACAAAACUGCCAUCAGCAAUAAUUUAGUGUUAUAGUUUUCUGUGUAUAAGUUUAGAUUAGUGUUAAAAGUGGAGAACGUAGCGGCAACCAAGAGAAACGCCGGGUUUGCCCCGGUCAAUGAAAGAUACAGUGUUAUUCUGACGAUAUCUACAACAUCUUCUGACGGAUUUGCUUUGAUCAACGAUUACAACGCCGCCCCGCUGUUCGCCUCGGAAAACGCCUCCAGUGAAGUGUGGAGCGCGAACGGCGGGGGCGGCGCGACAGCAUGCGGUAGCAGCGGCAUGGACCUGAAACACGAGGUGGCGUACCGGGGCAUCCCGGGCCAGGUGAAGGCCGAGCCGGGGGUCAGUCAUAACGGGCAUCCCAACGGCCAUGUGCGCGACUGGAUGCCCGGCGGGGGCUCGCCGUCGCCGGCCGCCGCGCAGCCGCAGCCGAACGGGUACUCCUCGCCGCUGUCUUCCGGCAGCUACGGCCCGUAUAGCCCCAAUGGAAAAAUAGGUCGCGAGGAGCUGUCACCAGCGUCGAGUGUGAACGGCUGCAGUACGGAUGGCGACGCGAGGCGGCAGAAGAAAGGCCCGGCGCCUCGGCAACAGGAAGAAUUGUGCCUCGUCUGCGGUGAUAGAGCCUCCGGAUACCACUAUAAUGCGCUUACUUGUGAAGGAUGUAAAGGUUUCUUCAGACGGAGUGUUACUAAAAAUGCGGUGUACAUUUGCAAAUUCGGUCACGCGUGCGAAAUGGACAUGUACAUGCGGAGAAAAUGUCAAGAGUGCAGAUUAAAGAAAUGCCUCGCGGUCGGAAUGAGGCCAGAAUGCGUGGUGCCAGAGAACCAGUGUGCGAUAAAGAGGAAAGAAAAGAAAGCACAGAGAGAAAAGGACAAACUGCCAGUCAGCACAACGACAGUAGACGAUCACAUGCCGCCCAUAAUGCAAUGCGAUCCGCCGCCACCUGAAGCCGCUAGGAUUCUGGAAUGUUUGCAGCACGAAGUGGUCCCGCGGUUCCUCUCCGAGAAACUCUUGGAACAGAACAGGCUAAAGAACAUCCCUCCACUAACACCCAACCAACAGUUCUUGAUCGCGAGGCUCGUGUGGUAUCAAGACGGAUACGACCAGCCUUCCGAGGAAGAUCUCAAAAGGGUUACACAGACUUGGCAGGCAGAAUCGGAUGAGACCGGCGAAGCGUCAGACCUGCCCUUCCGUCAGAUCACUGAGAUGACAAUCUUGACGGUGCAGCUGAUCGUCGAGUUCGCUAAGGGUCUGCCAGGGUUUGCGAAGAUCUCUCAGCCCGAUCAAAUCACACUUUUAAAGGCGUGUUCAAGCGAAGUUAUGAUGUUACGAGUGUCGCGGCGGUACGACAUGUCGACGGACAGUGUGAUGUUCGCCACCAACCAGGCCUACACGCGCGAGAUCUACAACAAGGCGGGCUUCGGCUACGUCAUCGAGAACCUGCUGCACUUCUGCCGCUGCAUGUACGCCAUGUCGUGGGACAACGUGCACUAUGCGCUGCUCACGGCCAUCGUCAUCUUCUCAGAUCGGCCCGGCCUCGAGAACCCGCAGCUAGUCGAGGAGAUCCAGCGAUACUACCUGAACACAUUGCGGGUGUACAUCCUGAACCAGCAGAGCGGCUCCGCGCGGUGUCCUGUCUUGUACGGGAAGAUACUGAGCAUACUGUCGGAGCUGCGCUCGCUGGGGAUGCAGAACUCCAACAUGUGCAUUUCCCUCAAGCUGAAGAACAGGAAGCUGCCUCCUUUCCUGGAGGAGAUCUGGGACGUGGCGGACGUGUCGUCGGCGCAGCCUCCCCCCGUGUUCGACCACCCCGCCAACCUCUAGCCCCCGCGCGCCCGCCCCGCGCGCGCCCGCCACACCCCGCGCGGCCUCUAAGCUUUACUCACACGGCCUUUCGUUUCGCAUCUUCGUGCUCGUACUCCCACGUCGAUAUCUCCAUGCGAACCUUAUAGGCGCCCCGUACACGGUCAAUCUGAUCCGCGAUCUGGGCCCUUAGAUUUUACAUUCCACCAAUACUGAUAGAAGCAUCGAGCAUCGAAACUUAAGGUAAAAUUGAUCUUAACCGUCUUGUAUUAAAGUUCAAGCUUGUCCAAUCAUCUCCAGUCAGUGCUCCUAGCGGAAACCCUGUGCGAAAUAAAAUCGAUUGUAUUAAUUUUUGACAUUUUAAAGUUUGAUUUAUCAAGUAUGUUAAGGUCCAUUUUACUCUGUCAUUAUUGUGUUUCGACUCGAAUUCUAUCAAUGCUGGGGAGAUGUAAAAUUUUACACUAAUCACACUGCGCUCAAAAUUCAAAGAUCACGAUACAUAGACUGUUUAAGAAACAGUUUGAUACAUUGGAUCGCAAAAUGUCUAAAUAUUUUGCUUUCGGAUUUCGAAAUAUCUAGAUGUUUUGCUAGUGGUCGCGGAUCAGAUUGAUUGUGUGCGGGGCGCCAUAAAGAGAAAUGUCACAGUUACCAUUAUAGAUUAAUUUUUUUUAGCUCAUAAAUGCGUGCACAGACUUGUAUUAUAAGAUACAAUUAUAAAAGAAUUAUAAAUAACACUUGACAGGCAACGAAAACGUGUUAAAAUUGUGAAUAAUUUCAGACAGUUUAGAGGGAAUAAUCGCUGUGACAGUUUAUCUUAGUAAUACUGCUAAAGUCGGUAACGAAAUAUAAAUACGACUCCAUUAGUCUCCUGGAUGCUAAUGGCUGGUCUAAUGGUCUAGGGUUAAACGCUUUCUAAGUAUUUUUGAAACGAUAGCUUGUACACGUUUACAUGGUAAAAGUCAAACUAUCGUUUCGACAGCGCGGAUGCGGUACUAGAAAGCGUUUAUUAUUUUUGCUAACCUAUGGUUUCUUUUUAUAAUUGAGCUGGCGGACAAAACGGUGUAAUUGCACGCGAGUAAAAUUUGCAAUAGGAGCAAAAAAUAUUGAAAGCUGUUGAAACUGUACCAUUUUGAUCGAAAUCACAAACUUCGUACUCAAUUUUAGCACAGUUUUAGACUGUGUUGCUUGGAAAUGAGUUCAAGUUUGUAUUCAGUAUUCGAAAUCAUGAAUGGACUCAAUUUCAGUGCAGUUAAAGGCUGAUUUGCUUGGAAAUCAGUUCAGAUUUGGAUUUGAAACUACGUGUCCGGAUUAAAGAGAAAAAAGUAUUUGGAUCAGACGUGUGAUUGCGCCAUUUUGUUUGUGAGCUCUUCAAUUUGAUGGGUUGAUUAUCUGGUACGGACUUUAGCAGUGGUGAAGAGGAGUGAAGCGUCGGUAUGGUGCAUGGGUAGCGCGCAGGGUGCGAGACGGGGCCGUGGGCCGCCCUCCGGAGAGAACGCUCAUAGACUGGCUAGUUUAAGUGAAGUGCACGGACACUCCUGAAGGACGUGAUCAAACUAUUUAUAAGGACAGUGAAUUUUACCACUUAAGGAAGGUACCGAGGUACCUGAUCGUACGUAUUCGGUGACCGACCGCGAUGCGAGUAUAGUGAAUAUAUGUGCUGUUGAACGUUCCGAGAAUAUAUUUAGUGUUGAUAGUUUAGAUACGACUGGACCGAGUCGGUCGCUCGGAUACGACCGUAUGAUAAGACUUCUAUAAGUACACCCUCCUAAAUUACGCUGCGUAUGUACGCUGUGAGAGAGUUAUAAAGAGAAAAAAAGUAAUAUAUGAAGAGAUGUUUCUAUUGGGUGAAAAAAGUUGAUAGUUAUUUUUAUUUACCAAAAUUAACUGUACGUUGAUUGACAUUUUCGAUUUAUAUAUGUAUAUUGAUAUUGUGAAGUCCGCCGACGAUCCGCGGGCCGCGAGCGCCCGGACCUUGUUGAUCGUUUGCUCGCAUUGAUAUGUGAUAUACACGACAUACAUACACUAGUGGGGCAAAGUUCCCGACGAGAAGAAUCGUGUGCAGACUCACGUGCACGAUAACAUGAAUCCUAGCCUGUGACGUCACUGUACAGUGCGCAAAAAUAAUACACUAUAAAUUAAUAUUCUAAAUACUAUUAGUAACAAUUUAAUGAAACAUUGACCAUAAAAAUGCUUUAAUGUCAUUUGCACUUCAUAAAAUGACUAGGUCUAUUUUCGCUUGCAAGACCUACGAUUUAUAAAAGUCUGACCCUUAUUGAAAUUUUGAUUUGCGGAAGUUAUUGUAAAGAUCACGAACAAAAUGAAGUGGCCAGGUUUUUUAAAUGAGAACAAACAUACUUAUUCUAAAAUAAAACUUAACAAAUAAGUAAUAAGUCUAAUAAUUUAUUAAAAUAAGGUCUUACUAUUAUUUUUGCUUUUAUUUUUCGGGCCGCUUUUGAAGCACUUAUUACAAAUCCUGUAGAUACUCGUAUCGCUGGUAAAAAUAGUGAAGCAUUUUUAUGGUCGACUAUACGACACAGGCAAAAGGUAGCGCAAAGGUUAGCGAGCGGGUCCUCGCAUACCUUAUAGACCUCAUGUUAUUGUGCAUGCGUGUCGAUUUUGCUAACUGGCAUACAAUAUUUUCCAAAAACGUAAAUACAAUUAAAAAUUGAUGACAAAUUCGAUGGUUUAUUGAAUUUAAAAAUUGACGAUGUACGAUCAAAAUAAAGCACUAAAUGCUAGAGAUCUUAGAGCGUUUUAACUUUACUUACAGUUAAAACGAGACAAAGUUAUGACUGUGAUAUAAAUCUGUCUCGUUUUACCUCUGAGUACUUUGUAGUAGAGCAUACAUUGAGUCUGCUUAGACUGAGUAAAGUCUAAGCAGAGUCACAGGACGCUCUAGACAUAGAUCUUGGCUGUAGAGUUUUAUUUCAGAGAGCGACAAAUCUUUUCAUUUAAUCAAAACUAUUUAGUCAAUGUUAUUUAUUGGACAGUGUGUGGUGUACAACAAAAUUAUACGUCCACCAAGAUACGCUACAGUCCUGCAAGAACACUCAGCGUGACACAUCUCGCGGAUCUGGCUUCGACAAAACAUUGCAAAAGCAUGAAAGUACGCACUGGUGCUUUGACUGCAGAGCCACAACCCUUUCUCGCGGAUUUUUCUCGACAAAAUGCUGCAAAAAUGGUGAGAGAGAUAUCGCGCUGAUUGUGGUCGGGAGCAAUUUAUGUCUUAAUGCAAAUUGGCGCACGGGUCGGCACAGGAUUUAAAAUCAACUCAUAUAUUAUAACUAUCCAAUUGAAAUAAGUAUAAUACCUACUCGUAUAUUUGAACACUCUGAAACCGACCCCAGAAUAUUUCUGCGGUCCUCCAAACAUUGAAAUAAAUACCUCAAGUUGGUUUGGUACGUGUAAAAUAUGAAUUGAUAAAAAAUCCUCUGCCGCCCCGUCCGCCGAUUUGCGUUGGCCCUAUAUUGUAUAUGUUGUUUAUAUCACUUAUCAAUGUCUGCUCCGUGUUUGUUUAUAUAUAGUUUAUGUCAGACGUGUUAUCGUGUCCUGUCGAUUUUAGUUCCGACUCAUGUCCCAUUGUCUUGUGCCCGGGUCCCCUCGACUUAACGAAUAAUUAUAAUUUAUUGCUGUGAUUACAUUUAUACAUGUUGAAGUAUCUUAGGUAGGCUGAGAUAAGUGUGUCUUAUUACAUUUAGAUGUUCUACUGUCGCAGUAGCUUUCAUAAAGGCAUCACCAGAUUCUCCUUCGAGUGUUCUUGAUAGUUGUUGAGUGUAUGUCAUAUAUAUAAUAUUAUAUAUAUACAGGGUGAUUCAUUUUAUUCUACUACGAUCAGUGAUCUCACUGCCCUGAGUCGAUUUUACUUGACUAUUUUGGUCUCGUAAAAAGAAGACAAAAACAACUCCUGCGCGACUAUGUUCGAAAUUUUUGUAUGAGUUUUCUAACUUAUUCUAAGAGUAGGUAUCUGUAAUAUUUUAAUUUAUGGGAUGGAUGUUGUCGUUGGAUCGGAACGUUUCUGUACCGAGUAUACUGGUUUCGUAUACAGGUUGAUUUUCGUACCGUUGUGUACAAUGUACCGUAGAUCGUCGUAGGCAAUAAUUUAUAGGUUCACACAAACAAAAUAGACUAUUCGUGUCAUUUAGGCUUGAAUUUUUGCUACGCUGAUGUCGGCUGCGCGUACGAAUAUAUAUUGUAAGCUAUCAAAUGCGGCUGACUGCAGCGUGCAGUGAAUUUAAGCCUUUGUUCUUAAAUUACUUGUGGGGGCAGAUUUGGAUAAUCCCAGUUAAAAUAUGUGUUGCUACGCGCAAAGUUCACACGCACUUGUAUGGUAAUGAUGGAUGAAACAUUACAGUGCGCGCACGUCGCCAGGCAGCUGUUAUGUAGAUACGAUGAUAGAGAUAUAGGCCCAUACGAUUUUAAUUUCAAAUGUAAAUAUCUUUUUCUCGUUUAAUGUAAUAUUUAUUGUAUUUUAUUCCCGUGUACAUAAAAGUAAGUACACUCCAAAUUGAUGGCAGCUGAUUUGUAUAAUAUGUUUUUCUAAUGAACUUUUUGGCCGAGCUUACUAUUAUGGGAACAAUAUUGGCAUAGGUAGAUAAAAAGUAAACGAUAGAUGACAUGCACGCACCGUAAUGCCCAAAAAACAAACCAAACCUGUCCCCACCUUUUGAUACUGUAAGAGAAAUCAUAUAACAGUGAACUACGAAAACACGUCACAUUAAGAUAUAAAUAAACUGCCCACUAUACACAAAUUUAUUACACAUACGAAAUGCCUUAUUUCGCGUUACCUGUACUGUGUACCUACAUUGUUGAAUGGAAUAUCAUAGUAUAUAGAACCUAAAAUUAAUCGAUCUCAAUUACCCAUAAGCGUUGUUGAAGCAUAAAUUAAGCGUGUUUUCCGUUUAUCGCUGGGCAAUUUGAUAUUUGAACCCCGAGACACUUCCCGCGAUGUCUUUAGUGUCCGUCGUAGCCACGUUCGCAGGAGAGCUCAGUCGAACACCGACUCUAGGUGUUCAUCACUCACCGCUCGCCUAUUCUUCACCAUCCAUUAACAUUUAAUGCGAUUAAGAUAUAAAUUUAAGUAUCUGUCUGGUGCGUGUUGAAUGUGUCUUCUUUACAUGCCACUAAGUGUGUUGUAAAUUUACAUAAUACGUAUGCCUGAGAUUUUUGGAAGCAUUUCUUAAUAUACGUAUAAAAGUUUCAGCGUGAGACGAUCGGGCUUGCACCGCGGACCGCGCGCUAGUCCGCUUUUAAUACAUCUUUUCGACUUGUAUAUAAUUUUAUUGUAGCAGUAGGCGACUUCUAAAAUAGUUAACGAAGCACAAACGUCACUGGAGUGUCUUACGUGUCUCUGCUGUUGAGGGGCGCAUUGACAACACACACUGCCAUUAUGCGAAUGUUCAUGGUGCGGAUUGGUAUGAUUGUGGUCAUAGCGAGUUUUAUAUGACAUCUUUAAGUAUCUAGGAUAAAUCUAGGAGGGUUAGGAGUUAACCGUCACGAGCAACUUUACGCUAUGAUACGAUGCCUUAUAACUGAGAUGCGUCAUGCGCCGGUGAGCGCUCGAAGCGAAGGGACAAUUUGACGACGAGUGAUCGAAACGAGAGACCACGACGCUUGUUUGGGAACUAUCCAGAGUUGUUACUGCUUACUCAGUGAAAAAUAUUUAAAAAAAUCUCUGAAGUUUAGCGAAAUCCUUGACUGAUUUGCCUGUCGCAAUCGCCUGCUGUUGUCACGCGUAUUUCUUGUCUCCAUCGCUCGUUGUGGACCGUCCCUUCAUAGCCCGCAUAUACUUUGCAUCUCAAGUUUGUGACAAAUAUUACUGCCAUUCGAUAAGUAAAUUGUUAUACAUCAUUUGACGCGUAGGGAUUCACAACGGAUAGCUUCAUAGUUUCGGUAUCCGUCGGUGCACAGCCGGUCGUAUUUGAUACAUAUUAUUCAAUUUCGAAAUUGUAAUAGAUUUAUUAAGUACGUAAUAAUCUCACACGAGAAAGUAAUAAGUAAAUACCCUAAUAUAAUUUGUGUCUUUAGCUGAUAAUGGAAAAUUAGUACGAAAAUAAGUUUAUAUCGCUCGAAAUGGCGCGUCGCAAAGUCGCGACGUGCGCGGUGAGAUGGGCCGGGACGAGAGUACGAGAGUCGACAAGACUGCGCAAGCGGACGGGUUGGUUGGAUGGUUCGCUGUCACAACCGGUUGCCCUUUGCCUUUUAAACGCCAAAACACAAAACUGCGAUGUGACGCCGCAUCGUUAACGACGCGGACGCUUCGCAAAAACUUACGAAAUGGUUCGCAUCGCGCAUUCAUCCGAUGUUGCUGCGUUACUUAACAAUGAUAACAGAACAAUAAAAUUGCAACACGCCUCUUGCCAUCCAUGACACUGGACAAAUCCUCAAUAACAAAACAUACGUCCAGUACCCACUGUCCACGGAAUCGCAUCGCACUGCGGUUCUUCCGGUGCGAUUCGCAUCGCGUCGCAACGCAGUUGAGUGUUUCAGCCCUAACUCUAUUUAUUUGUGUUACGGACGCGAGUACAGAAGUGACCAACGUGGCACGUCCAGUCGUCGCGAGGCGCAAAGCUUCGCGACUAUAUAUACCUACAUUGUACAUAGAUACCUUUAGAUUCUAUUUGUCAUAUGUUUGACAUAUGUUUAAUUUUAUUCAUCUAAGAAAGUACAGAUGGCUGUUGUUAUUUUUAUAUUAUUUGGGUAGAAGUAUAUUUUUUUGUAAAUGACCUCUGUAUUUAUCUUUUCUAAGCUUUGUAAGCCGUAGGGACUUAGAUUAAUAUACGAGCUACGAACAUUGUGAUUGAGACUAAUUGAUUACAUUGAAUUUGUAUUUACUGAGAUAUGUUUUGUUCUGCGUAUAUAAUAAUUUAAUAAUUAUUGUUCGUUUGGACAGAUUUUUCUUAAUAAUUUUUUGUUACUUCAGAGUGCAAUAUGUACAAAUAUUUACAUAUAAAAUAUUAAUGUACAGUCAAUUUUUUAGUUUUAAUGUGUCAACGCAAUAUCUUUCGCUAUUCAUUCGUUGAAUGUACACAGGCAAGCAUAAUAAGUUAUAUCACAAGUGAGCCUCGUGGGCCGCUCUCAACUAUCGUGUUUUUCUAAUACUUAAGUGAUUAAUUUUACAUAGGACGGACUAGGUGAUCUUUGUAUUUAAAUUUGCUAAUUUUUUGUAGCAGAUUAGAUUUGUUUACUCGGAUAAGAUAAAUAAUGUACAUUUUGAAUUGAUUUUAAAGUGAUUUAGUUGUUAUUUAGUGACGAAUUUUUCUUAGGUGUAGCUGGCAGCCUCGUGCCAGUCCACUGAUACCAGUGUGAUUUGUGCAAUGUCCAUUAGAAAAAUUGUAUACAUACAUACCUACAAGCAUACAAUAUGCCUUGCCUCGCCCUUCGGCCAUCGAAAUGCUCGGGUCAGACCGAGUGAACGAAAUGACUUAUGCGAACAUUUUUUAAAUUAAUAAAAGUAUUAAUUCAUGAAUUCUUUAAAAGAAUUGUAGUAGGUAACUACUUACUGUUUAUUUAAAGCAGAUUUUCAAAAUAAUAUUAUUACGUUGUAUUUUAACCUACUUCCAAAAUAGGAGGAGGUUCUCAAUACGGUGCGUAUUUUUUUUCUAGCAGACUAGUACAAGUUUUCAAGUUAACUGUACGUAAAUCUAUUAAUUAGAAUGAACGAAAGAGGAACACAUUUUUUCGUCCAUACCAGAUUUACUUGAAAACUUACACUAGGGAUUCAGUGUCGAAUUCUAGUUUAAACAAAACUGACACGAAAUAGUUUGCACAAAGCAAAAUGCAUCGAAAAUCGAAAAGUGCGCUUUGCGUACGGUUUAUGAAACCUCGGUUUUCAAUAAAAUGUUCUGUGAAAAAAAUGGGAGAAAGUCCAUCAGUAGGCCAAUAUAGAGUAGAUAAAUUUUAUUAAUAAGUACUAUUUCGUAGCAGUUUUGUGUCGUUCAAAUCACGGGAUAUAAAAGAUCGAAAUGUCAUUUGUUUUGUAUUGUUUCGUUCGCUCUUUCUGUACCCGGCUCUGAUGGUAAGGUUUAUCAUCUUAUACUCCCUAUUAAUCUAGUACCACGGCGAUACUAGACGGCUGAUUUUACAAAUUAUGAGCCCAUUCCGAUUUUAUGGAAAAGUUUUAUAUUUCAUCAUUUUUUACUUCAAUGCCCGCAAUUAACUAUGUUAUAUUCCAUCCCUUAUACUUUUAACUUAGAGCUGCCCUUUUUAUGUAUAAUUUAACAUCGGUGAAGCGAAUUAGAUAUAGGGAACAGACAUGGAGAUAUGUUAAAAUUUUAGAGUCAACUUUUAUAAAAGAUAAAACUACAAAACAAACGUGAAAAGGUGUGUACAAAACGAGGAAAUUUGUAUGAAACAUUGUUAUGCGAAUAAACUUACACCUCAAUAUAAAAUA